AUGGCCUCCUUCAUGCAGGACUUAUGGUCCAGCGUCUUCACCCCCGGCCCCACGCCGACGCUACUGGUCGCAACCAACGUCUCCUUCGCCGCCCUGCAGGUCGUCCUCCUCGCUCUCCUCGUGGCCACCUCCAGCAUCCACUUCGUUGUCUUGUCCGCCAUCAGCGCGGGCCUGUGGUGGGCCAUCAACUGGUUCGCCGCCGAGGUGCGCGCCGUGCAACUCGCUCAACAGAAAGAAACAGCUGACGCCCCGGGCGACAAUCCUGACUCUGAGACGGAAACGGAAUCCGUUGCGGCUGGCCGUAAACCUAAAUCCGCGACGGCAUCGGCAACGGGGAGCAAGGUUGCGGCUGCUGAUCUGCCACUGCCCACCGAGCGUGAUGGGCGAAAGCGUCCCGGCACACCAGGUGAUGGCUCGGAGUAUGCCAGUACGGAUAGCGAGUGGGAGAAGGUUGAUAACCAAGCCUCGUGA